AUGGCCUUCACUGCAUCAGAUAUUUGCAAGAUCCUAGUCGCUAUUAUCUUACCACCUUUGGGUGUAUUUUUCGAGAGAGGCUGUGGAGCUGACCUGCUCAUCAACAUUCUUCUGACCAUUUUGGGGUGGAUCCCUGGUAUCAUACAUGCUCUGUACAUCAUUCUCAAGUACUAG